UAUUAAUUGUUUAGCUAAAAACCCUUCGUUCGGUUUUAUGCAUUUAAUAAAAUAACAAAACAACCCUACAACCAGGAGGAGUGUACAUUUUAGCGCAGUCAUGGACGAACUCUACACAGCACAAUGCCAUAUAUCCAUUUUUUCAAAAAAAUAAUAAAAUUUUAGACUGGAAGAGACUACUUCAAGUAUAGGUAGUCCGUUACUAGGAUGACGAAUCUAAACUUUCCCGACGCCUACGGAUAAAUAACCGCUUUCAAAAAAAUGUAAAUGGGUAGGUAGCUUUAAAGUUUAAGGGGCACUACUCCAGCACUCGACUUAUAGUUUAUGUCACACGAUUAUUGUUACUGUAUGCUAAAUAAGUAUGCGUGUUCCGUUAGGACUCGUUCAAUAAAGUUGUAUAAAAUGAAAUGAUACUUGAGUAUUUCUUGACACACAGACGAGAAAACAUAACGUGGUGUCAGAACUAUCAAACUAACAUGCCCGCAUUAUAAGAAAAGGUAUUAUUAUAUAAAAUUAGUGGAAUAAAGAAUUUGUUCAUUUUGUGCGACGGAUUGUCUGUUAAAAAUUACCAUUGAACAAGAUGGAUUCUAACAUUAACAGUCACACUCCCAAAAUGAACUGGGGCGCAAAGGACCUACCAAGUGCUUUUACGGCAUUUAAAACACAUGCUCAGUUUAUGUUCAGUGGUCCACUUAAAGCCAAAGAGGAAGCUGAAAAGUGCAAUUACUUGAUGCUAUGGGCAGGAGACCAUGCCCGACAAAUAUAUUCCACAUGGACUUUAUCUGAAGAUGACAAAAAUCCCUAGAAACGCAUUAACAGAAGUUUGAGUACUGCGAGCCAAAGUCAAACAUCAUCAAUGCCAGGUAUAGGUUACGUUCAAGAACCCAACAAGAUGGAGAAACAUUUGAACAAUAUAUAACCGACCUCAAACUUCUACUCAGGAACUGUGGUUACCACGUUGACAUGAGAGAUGAACUCAUGUGGGAUCAAAUCGUAUUUGGAAUAAAAUCACAAAAACUUAGAGAGAAACUUAUCAACUAAGGAUCGGACUUAACUUUGCAAAAAAAUCUUGGACAUUGCAAGAACAAUACAGCUAAGUCAGAUGCCAUGUACAGUAAUACAAAAUAAACAGGACGUUGAUUUGGUAAAAUCGUUGAUUCAGUAAAAUACAGGUCAAAAGGAACAUCGCAGAAGGCAAAUCCAUCGCUGUACCAUCACAGAGCCCCAUCAGCCAAAGGUGCAGUUUCGAAACAGCAAGCGAAAGUUUCAUGUAACACUGACCGGCGAAAGUCAUUAAACACUGUGACAAAUAGAUCUAAAGCAAGGAGGAAUGAUAUCAAAGAAAGACGACAAGAGCCAAACGAAUAUUUGUGAGAGAAAAGUCUGUAAGCAGCGACUUUCUUGGGGACAGUCCAGGUAUCCAUGACGACAACAUGGUUUUCCAUAGCAACGGAGGGAUGUUAGACAAUCUGAGACUGAUUGAGUUGUACAACAAUGCAUCCUUAGGCAAUACUGAGAACAAAGAAGACCAGAUGAAGGCCAGAAAAGAUUUGCUUGAAAACGUGUGUUCCGUAAUGAAUGAGAAUAAAUCGGUUAAUCCUGCGUUCACAAAGUCUUUCCGAAACGAGUACCUUGUACACGUAAUUGCUAAUAGAGAAAAGAAAUUUCUAUACUGUUAUUUGCCUAAAAUAGCAAAUACAAAUUUUCGACGUGUGAUUCUUGGCUUGAACGGUGUUGUACCAAAAGAAAAAGUUGGCAGUGUAGAUGGAGCGGAUGUAUACGAAAAAUAUGACAAACAAUUCCAGUAUCUGAAACAAACUGACAACGAUAAGGUGGAGGAAAUGAUUCAGAAUUUUAAGAAAUUCAUUGUAGUCAGAAACCCGCUUGUUAGACUUCUUUCCGCCUACCUGAAUAAAUUCCAGCAACAUCCUCUUGAUGAAGAACGGAGAAAGUUUUAUGAGAGAAUUCCAAAAUUCUACUCGAAAUAUCCACAGCUUAAAAGAUCGUUUUGGAAAACAUUAGACUUCCGUUCAAAGUCUCUCACGUUUGAAGACUUUUUGGCGUAUUGGACUGACAGUUUUGAAAUGAAUUCGUACCUGAAUGAGCAUUUUGUACCAUACUUUUUACUAUGUAACCCAUGCGACAUAACGUAUGAUUACAUAGCUAAACUUGAAACACUGUAUAGUGAUGUUGAUUUCAUAUUUGAAAAGCUUAACAUAGAUAUACCAUUUCCUGGAAGAAAUGAUAAUUAUUCUAUUUCAAAUACCGACGAAUUAGUUGAGAAAUAUUACAAAACAAUUCCCGAAUCAUUAACUGAAAAGGUUUGGCAUAUUUUAAAAUUUGACUUUCUCAUGUUUGGUUACAAUCUACCCGAAUGGUUAAAAGCAAAAUUAAAUCUAAGAUAAUACUUUCUUGCACGCCGGGCAGGACUUUCCCGAGUUUUUUGCCGGUGCUGGAAAAAUCUCGUCUUACAUCCCGGGUGACAUGCAUGCUGAAAUUUAUGAGUAAAUGCGUAAAUUCAUACGCUACUAUAAUUUAAUAGUGCUUAAAAACA